GACUGGAAAAGAGAAGACGGUGGGAUUAGGAGAGAGGUAUAUAAAUCAAGUCUGGGCCGUUAAUCCUUAUUCUGCUCACUUACUAGACUCAGCGGACUGGCUUUUAGGAGAGACAGAAGCUCUUCAGAUCCUCUGUGACCCUCUCAGCCUAAUCCAGCAGAGAUGAACGCCGCCCCCCCAGCAGGAAGUGCCCUGGCAGCAGGCAGCGCCACCACCGGCCCCACCACGCCCAAGAAGGGGCCCCCCAAGUUCAAGCAGAGGCAGACCCGUACCUUCAAGAGCAAGGCCCCCAAGCCUGGCCAGAAAGGUUUUGGUGACGACAUCCCUGGCAUGGAGGGUCUCGGCACAGACAUCACCGUGGUCUGCCCCUGGGAGGCCUUCGGAGACAUGGAGCUCAGCGACCUGGCCAAAUACGGCAUCAUCUAAGCCUCCUGCCUUCCCUCCCUCCAUCCAUCCCUCCUUCCUGCCUCCCUUCGUCCCUCUCUUCCUUCUCUCCCUCACCUGACGUCUCCUCCUCGUACUCCUGCUCUGACCGACGCGCCCUCUGGAAGGAUCCCCCCCCACCCUGCUGUCGUCUCUUCACCGGGUGGUCGUCCGCCGUGGCUGCGCCGGGCCGCCCGAGGGGACUAGACCCCGUGGUGGGCAGAAGCCAUACUUAAAGACUGUUAUUUGUUAUUAUUAUUAUAUAAUACUACUGUUUACAGUAUAUAUGACUAUACGUGGAGUCGUGGAGACAAAGCCCCUCCUUCUGUUCACUUCCCCUGACCCUCUCUACAAUAGCCUACCUCAGGGCCCCCUCUCUUAUCUUCCUUCCCUCCUUCUCUUGCCCUCCCUUCCUCACCCAGUGACCGACUUGAGCAAAAACACUAGCUUGUGCUUGCUUGCUGUCGUCCAUGGUAUUGUAAAUAUGACCGGUUUGUUUGCGUUGUUCUUGCUUUUCUCCUCCAUUUUCUGUCUUCCUCUCCUUCACACUCCUUUUUUACACCUUCCCUCCCGUUUGGCUUUCAUUUUUUUUUUUUCUUGGCAUUGUGUUAUUUACCUCACCAUUGACCAAUGGUGCGCCACCUCCGGCCACCCAGGACUCUGAAUGGACAUCACCAGCAAAGAGGGCGUGUGAUAUGUUGAGAUGACCGAAACUACGAUGCUUUAGCUCAUUCUGGUGGAGGUGUGCCCUCUCCUAUCCCACUAUCCCCCCCCUCUCUCUCCUCGCCCUGGUCUCACCUAGCUCGCUCGCCCACCCACACCUAGACCACACGGUUGACCGGAGAGGCAUACACGAUGUGUCGCACACACAGACACACUCACAUCACUGAGGGCGUACGUGUAUGUCUCUGAUAGACUCAAUAAAAGUUUCUAUUUUCAGUAAA